AUGGAUAUCAAGGCGGCCCCCAACGGGGUGGCCACCAUCGAGGACCGGAUCCUGCGGAUCACCGGCUACUAUGGCUAUUACCCGGGUUACUCCAGUCAGAAAAGUACCUCCAGAUCAUCAGUUACUCGAUGUAAACCUGGAGCCAACUGCCCCAGUUCACACAGUAGCAUCAGCAGACAACUGUCCCCUCUGUCUGUCACCGAAGAUUCUUCUGCUCCUAUUCUUGAACUUCAGAGUCGAGGAUCCUCUGGAGUGUGUGGACAUAGAGCCGAGAGGCAGAACAGAUCAGGGGAUGAUGGAACACAGACUCAUCCUGAGAAUAGCAGCCAAGAAAACAGAAUCAAGGCUCGCUGCCUAUCCUGUACGUCUAUGGUUCUGAAGGCCAUCUGGGGACUUUUGAUCAUCCUGUCAGUGUCAUCAUCUUGGGUUGGAACCACACAGAUUGUAAAAAUUACUUAUAAGAACUUCUACUGUCCAUUUUUCAUGACUUGGUUUUCAACAAACUGGAACAUUAUGUUUUUCCCAGUCUAUUACUCUGGUCAUCUGGCCACUGCUCAAGAAAAGCAAUCUCCAAUGAAAAAAUUCAGGGAAUGCAGUCGAAUUUUUGGUGAAGAUGGUCUGACAUUGAAGCUCUUUCUUAAAAGAACUGCUCCCUUUUCUAUUCUAUGGACUUUGACUAAUUACCUGUAUUUACUGGCUUUAAAGAAGCUGACAGCCACAGAUGUCUCUGCUCUGUUCUGUUGUAACAAAGCCUUUGUCUUCUUGCUGUCGUGGAUCGUGCUGAAAGACAGGUUCAUGGGAGUGAGGAUAGUUGCCGCAAUAAUGGCGAUCACUGGCAUCGUCAUGAUGGCGUAUGCAGACAAUUUCCACGCUGAUUCCAUCAUAGGAGUAGCAUUUGCAGUGGGCUCGGCCUCGACAUCUGCACUGUAUAAGGUUUUGUUUAAGAUGUUUCUCGGAAGUGCCAACUUUGGUGAAGCAGCACACUUUGUCUCCACAUUGGGUUUCUUCAACUUAAUCUUCAUCUCCUUCACCCCGGUCAUCCUGUAUUUCACCAAGGUGGAGCACUGGUCCUCGUUUGCAGCUCUGCCAUGGGGUUGUCUCUGUGGGAUGGCAGGGCUCUGGCUGGCCUUCAACAUCCUGGUGAAUGUUGGUGUGGUGCUGACAUACCCAAUCCUCAUCUCCAUCGGAACAGUGCUCAGCGUCCCUGGAAACGCAGCUGUGGAUCUCCUGAAGCAGGAGGUGAUAUUCAAUGUCGUCCGCCUGGCUGCUACCAUCAUCAUCUGCAUUGGGUUUCUGCUGAUGCUAUUGCCCGAGGAGUGGGAUGAAAUUACCCUGAGGUUCAUCAACAGCCUGAAGGAAAAGAAGAGUGAGGAGCAUGUGGAUGAUAUCACUGAUCCCAGUAUCCACCUGAGAAGCAGAAGCAGGGCCCUUGGGACUGUGUCCAUACCACUGGCUUAG